GGGAGAGCCAUUUUGGCAGUCGCCAUACGAGCUUGUUGGCGUAACGCGCGGGUAGCACAGCUUUCGAUUGCAUCACGCAACAUACCAUCACUGCGCUCGAAAGCUGCAGUGAUCGCCGCGACACCGCUAGGUAGUUGCCUGUGCCCAAAAAGGCUGUGCUUGCAGCAGUGCAUCGCCGCGCGCGAAAAGAAAUAAGCUAACGCAACGAUGCGCCGCGCCCUGACGCUAGCGCUCUGCCUCGCGGCCGCCGACGCGGGCUUGAGGAUCGGCAAGCCGUCCGGCGCGGGCGCGCUGAAGAUGGCCACGCGCGAGGAGGAGAAGAAGGCGAAGGAGGAGCGCCGCGCGAAGCGCAAGGCCGCCAUGUCCAAGGACCCGGAGCAGGCGCGGAAGGAGCUCAAGGAGCGCCUCGCGGGCUAUAGUACCGGCGAGGCGCGGGCGCGCAAGUACAUGCAGAUCGCGCGGACGAAGAAGUUCGGCAUGAGCGACGAGGAGUUCGCGAAGCAGCAGCAGACGUACGGGCGCGUCGCCAUGGACGAGGCCCAGAUGGAGAUGCGGCGGCGGGCCGAGAAGGCCCGGGACGCGGUGGAGACACAACGCAUCAAGGAGAACCGGAGCCGCGUCUUCCGCCGCGUGACGGGCCGCGCCGCGAAGGCGACGGACCCCGUCGACGCGGACCCAACCCUGGCCCCGGUUGCGGUGGCGGCGGACGGUAGCGUGGCGGCGGCGCCGCGUUCUACCAGACUCUCGCCCGCCGCGAAGAAGGUGCUCAAGGGCUCGGCGCUCGCCGCGGCGGCCGCGGCCGUCGGCAAGCUCGUGGUCGCCAAGAUCGCCGAGCGGCCGGCGGCGGCCCCGCCGGCACCCGCCCCGCCGGCGCCGGCGCCCGCCGAACCGGCCGUGGACGCCGCGGAGCCGGACGCCCCGGCCGAGGAGGCCGUCGCGCCGGCCGGCGCCGACGACGACGCUGCCGCCGCUGAAGACGGCGCCGCGGCCGUCCCCGGCAUGAGCCCCGAGGCGGCGGCGCGCCUCGCCGAGGCGAAGCUGCGCGAGGAGCUCCUCGGCCGCGUCGAGGGCCAGUACAAGCUGCGCGGGGAGACGUGCCCGCUGAGCGUGCAGAAGCAGACCGUCGCCGAGCUCGAGGCGACGCUCGCGGAGCUGCGGGGGGAGCGCGAGUGA